AUGAACUAUGAAGGCUUUCGGUUACGUGUUAAUGUAACGAUGAGGAUAAUCACUAUUGGUAUGAAUCUAUCUGAUCUGCGAGAAAACUACAAGUUAGAUAUCAAAUCGUUGCACUACUAA